AGCCACACUCACCGAUCGUUUUUGGAGGGUGCCACAGGGCUGGGGGGCUGUGCUGGGGAGGGACCUGAGCCCGUGAGUCCCCAAGAGCCAGGGCAACAUGGGACUCACGAUGGGACUGAUGCUGCUGGGCUCAGCCUCACGCUCCUGCAUUGCUAACCCUCGUGUUUCUCGGCAUUUUGCAUGCAGGGAUGGAUGGGAACACCAGCGCCCAGGGCACAGAGGGCCAGCACCAGAGUCCCCAUGGAAAGCUGGAAAAUAAGCAUGAGGAGAGAGUCCAGAUUCCUGACAGAAGGCAGGACGAGACCAAGGCAGCAAUGGGGAGCAAAACAUGGGGAGACCUGGCUGGGGAGAUGAAGAUGUUCCUGUGGAACCCAGAGGAGAGAACAUGCCUGGGGAGAACAGCCAAGAGCUGGGGCUUGAUCUUACUGUUUUACUUCAUAUUUUAUACGUGCCUAGCGGGAAUGUUUGCCUUUUGCAUAUACGUGAUGCUGCUCACCCUGAGCCCUUACACACCCACGUACCAGGACCGUGUGUCUCCCCCAGGAGUAAUGAUCAGGCCGUAUUUGAAUGGAUUCACCAUUGCCUUCAACGUCUCUCAGCCCAGCACGUGGCAACCCUAUGUGGACAGCAUGCACCAGUUCCUGGCAGCUUAUGAUGAUAAAGUUCAAGAGGAGAAGAAUAUUGAGUGCAUCUCAGGACGGUACUUCAUCCAAGGGGGCAAUGAAAGUGAGGAGAAGAAGGCCUGUCAGUUCAAGCGCUCGCGGCUGCAGAAGUGCUCUGGCAUUGAGGACCCAACUUUUGGCUACUCUAAAGGCCAGCCCUGCAUCUUGCUGAAGAUGAACCGGAUCAUAGGCUACCGCCCCGGUGCUGGGGUCCCCGUGAGCGUGGACUGCAAAGUGCAGAAAGGCAAUGAAAGCGAUCUCAGAUCGGUGGACUUCUACCCUGGAAAUGGGACAUUUGAUCUCAUGUAUUAUCCCUACUAUGGCAAGUUCACUCAUGUCAACUAUACGUCCCCGCUAGUGGCUAUGCACUUUACGGAUGUGAAGAAGAAUUAUUUGGUCCCUAUUCAGUGCAGUCUGAAUGGGAAAGGUAUUAUCAAUGACCUGAACAGCGACCGCUUCCUGGGCCGAAUCAUCUUCACACUCAACAUUGGAAAGUAGCCACCGCAAACACUGGGCACUUAGGUUGAGUCAAUCAGAGGCUUUUUCCUUUUCAAAGCAUAAAGCUAGCAUUUUUUCUGCUAGGAAAAACAGGCACAUGGAGAUUUUUGUUAAUUUAUUUUUGCUCAUAGUUAGGAAAUAAAUGAGAUGCAAUGGAGCGUAGAAUCACAUUUUUCAUCAUCUGAUGUAAAUCAUUAUUAGUGACAAUUAAAGGUUAUCUCCUGUGCAGAGAUACUGCAAAAGCAUUUCAGUUUUGAUUAAAAAUACCUCUGGUGUCUGAACACUAUUUUUCGUAAGGUCUUUUACAAGUGACCCCUGUGGAAUGCAUUUUUCCUGGCUUUAACUUCUAAUCUUUACCAUAGUUUUAUGUGCAUUUUUCAGGCAAAAGCUAACAAGAGGGUACUUUAUUAGCACUAUUCUUGUCAAAGUAACAAACACUAAAAAUUCUGGAUUAUACCUGCAAUCACAGUUAAAAAGUGACAAUGGCAGAUCUCAAAAUGCCUCCUAGGAUAUUCAACACCAGGAGCAUCUCAACUGCAGAUCUUACACAGCUUGCUCAGCACACCCAAGGUGUGGGAGCAAAGGAUGUUGAAAGUCAUUCAACAUUGAACUUUUCCAACUGCUCUUUUCUGCAGUGGGAAAAUAAAUGCAUUUUUCCCUCCUCCUCUUCCUCCUCCUCACUCCAGUCUUCUUUUUGCACCAGGAAUCCUCAUCAAGUCUAUUAGGCAGGGAUGAGUGAAAGGAGCACUCCUCCUGUUGUCACAGUUUCAGGUAGACAGCUGCUCCUUCCCCAGUUCAGGCACAGCAAUGCCAGUGAAAUGUGAUAGACUCCCCCCAGAGUCUUCCCUGUUCCAGAGAGGUCACAGCUACAAUGCUGCAGAAAACAGCAGGGAAAUGCUUAGGGGCCAGUGCUGGUAUUAGUGAAGUCACAGGUUUAUCAUCCUCACAAACCUGUGCAGUGCACUCACCCUCGUCAGUGGAGUGCUGUUAAUCUGGGUAACCUCUGCUGCACGGGCAGCCGGACCCUCCCCAGCCUGAGCACAGAGCCUUCGUAUCCCACAGACAUGAAUGACACUCUGCGUGUUACAAGCUAUGAGAAUGCAGCAGGACAAGACACCUUAGGAUAACGUACUACUUGGAAAGCACACUUACUAAAAUUACUGACCGAACAAGAGCAUUAUGGUAUGUUUGUCCUACAUCCUAGUCCAGGUAUCUAAUCUGCCAUCAUUUUCU